CGUACUAUAUAGAAGAUACAUUGGUGGAAGAAAACUAGUGGGUUGUGAGGUUUUACAAAUGCAACAAUGUGUUUUGGGCUAGGGGCUAAACACUGGUUAUGCAGUCCUUCUCCUUCCCAACUGCUCUGUUUAAAAACUUCACUCAUUUAAUCUCCUGAGCCCUAUUUGCCCCCUAGGCAAAAACCCUGUAGAAGGCUUUGGGAGGGCUCUGUCUUCUCUAACUGGUUUCACAGAGGGGAUGAAGUAAUUAAAACAUUGAUGGACACCAGUCAAUGUGGGAUGUAUGUCAGUGCUGGGAUUAAGUUAUUUCAGUCCCUGACACCUCACAAUGUGUGCAGAGGGCUGUGUCUGACAUGAGGGGGUAGAUGGAAUCAGGUGGGAGUGAGGCUGAAAAUACAAACUAAAAAGAUCAAAAGGGAAGCAAGUGAGUGGUGCUACAAAUGUAAUGCUGGAGAGAGGUUAUGAAGAUAACGAGAGAUGGAAAUAAGAGAAAUCUGUAAAACCUGAUCAAAGAAAGAGGAAGAAAGAGGCAGAACAGAAAACUAAAUACAGAAACAACAAACCCAGAAAAAGCAUGUUUGAAAGGGAGUGAAAAGCCAGAUGCAAACAAUAUAAGGAAAGUUUGAAAGAAUUAAUGAGAAAAAAAAUAUAUUGACAGUAUAGGAUGGUAAUGAUAAAAAAUUAAACAGGUGAUACAAACAACCUGAAUGUAAAUACAUAUAGUUUAUAUUUUGUAGCCCAAAAGAAUGAUGGAGAGAGCAGAACCUCAGUGGAUGGCCGAUUUUUGAAUAAGAUUAGAUUAAUGUAGAUUUAACUGAAUGAACAUCAAAGCAGAAUGGAAGAGUGUGUGGUGUGUGUUCUGCCUUUCUUUUAGAAUUAAAAAAAAAAACAACUCAAACCCAACCCAAACAAUAACCUGAGUCAUUCCAGAAGAAACUUGUGGAUUCUGGAAUAACUCACAUGGUGGUUUUGUUUUCCUUAUCUUUCGUUAUUUUCUUACCUUAAUUAGUGGCGCAGAAAACUAACAUGUGGUGAGAUUUGAGAAACCACAAUAACCAUGUUAUCUAAAUGAGAGUAGAUUCCUUUCAAGGCUAUAAGAUAUGAACAAAAACUAACUACAUGUGGGGGCUUCAUUUGCAUAAUAUGCAAAUUUUCAAGUAGUUGUCUUAAAAAGAAAAAAACCCUUGUCACUUGCCACAGCGUGAAGGUGAAGCAGAAAGUGUCUGCAAGGAAGGCUGCCUGUGCUUUGUAACUAGGUCAAAAGAAAAUGUGCCGAGAAGUGUACUCCUGUUGAGACUGAUGGUACAUGUGCUUGAGGAAGACACAAAAGAAUAACAGAAUCACACAUUUUCUUUCACCUGAUCUUCAGACAAUUUUAAAAUCUGUUUGAGUCCUUCUCUCCUUUCAUACCAACCAUCCUCAAUAUGCUUUUGCUGGACAGUGGAAGUACUUUUGUAAAUAAAUGUGUGAGUGGGUGGUGCCUUUGUGGAUUCUUGUAGCACGAGGACAUCUCUUCCACGAAAUCCUUGGGAAAGCAUUUUGAAGUUCUCCUCAAGUUUUCUCCUCAAUUUUUCUUCCUCAGAAGUGUACUGCCAAAAUGAAUUUUACAGAACCUCGUACCGCAGAUUAUCCGUAUUAUUCAGACUACGCUUCUUUAAUCACACCACCUUGUUCUAAGCUGGAAGUCAGGAACUUCACAAAAUCAUUUCUGCCAGUUGUGUAUUCAUUGAUUUGUGUCAUCGGCCUAGUUGGUAACAUCUUUGUAGUGAUGACCUUUGCUUUAUAUGAAAGAACCAAGUCCAUGACGGAUGUGUACCUCUUCAACAUGGCUAUAGCAGACAUACUAUUUGUUCUCACUCUCCCGCUGUGGGCAGUGAAUUAUGCUGCUGACAAAUGGAUUUUUGGUGAUUUUAUUUGCAAAAUAACCAGAGGUAUCUAUGCAAUCAACUUCAGCUGUGGCAUGUUGCUUUUGGCCUUUAUCAGUGUGGACCGGUACAUUGCUAUUGUACAAGCGACAAAAUCAUUUAAACUCAGAGCAAGAACUCUCGCAUACAGCAAAUUCAUUUGUUUGGCUGUGUGGGUAUCAUCAAUUUUAAUCUCUAGUUCCUCUUUUCUAUACAGUGAAAGUUACAGCCUCACCAAUGAAACCAAAGAGAUUUGUGAUCACAGAUUUGACAGAAUGUCUGAAAGCACGAUGCUGAAAUCAUUGCUGCUGUGCCUGCAAGUGGGAUUUGGAUUUUUUAUACCUUUCUUAUUCAUGAUUUUUUGCUAUACAUUCAUUGUCAAAUCCUUACAGCAAGCUCAGAAUUCCAAAAGAAACAAAGCAAUACGUGUGAUCAUAUUAAUUGUAGCUGUUUUCCUAGUUUGCCAGGUACCUUAUAACAUUGUUCUUCUUGUGACAGCGAUAAAUAUGGGCAAGCUGGGCAGAUCUUGUGACAAUGAAAAGAUAAUGGCCUAUGCAAAAUACACCACUGAAGCCAUAGCAUUUUUACACUGUUGUGUCAACCCUGUGCUCUAUGCUUUCAUUGGAGUGAAGUUCAGAAGUUAUUUUGUGAAGAUAAUGAAGGACCUAUGGUGCAUGAGAUACAAGAAAUACAAUAAACGUAGUUCAAGGACAAACUCUGAUAUUUAUCAUUCAAGACAGACUAGUGAAAUUCUGACUGACAAUGCAUCUUCUUUCACUAUGUAAUACAAUUUGAACAUCAUUAUUACCAAAGGACUCUUCUCACCGAGCAACCCAAAACAGUGUCACUGUGCCUGUGACAUCAAGUCAUUUGGGCUUCUCUGCACCUCUAAGGAAGCUCCCAUGAUCUCUAAUUCCUUUCAGAAAAAGAAUUAAGAUAAAAAAAAUAACACUGUGCUGUGGAAAACUGAAAUCUUAUUCACCUCAACAUUCAUGCUCUUCUAAAGUACACUCUCUUAUAAUUAUCAGAAAAGUGAAGUUUACAGAGGAACCCACCCUGUUUUCUAAGGAAAAACUGCAUCUCAUCUGUCCUACAUCACUGAAAUAUCCCAAAAAUUCUAAGUAAAUGAAUCAGGUUAUGUUCAGGCUCAUUCUACCUACAUUUAUGUUGUUUCUGUUAAUUACUUCUACCUGGAAAUCUUAUCUAAGUGUAGGUCUGUGCUUUUGUUGCAGACAGGUCACGCUGUGGCAAUACUAACUUAAAGAUAGAGCAUUUUGAGCAAAGCAUGGCAAGGAAAGCAAACAGAGAAAGGAAGAAAAAGGCUCAAGGAUGCUGAUAUAGCUGGGCUGUUAAGUCUCACACAUCUUUGCCCAAUUCUAUACUCCGCCUGCUCAUCAGAAGUUGCUUACAUCAAGGCUGAUACUGUUCUAAGCCAACGGUGACAUGUCUAUAAAAAAGAAUACUGGAAAAAAAAAAAAAGAAAAAAAUUAAGGAGAACACUGAAAUAUCCACACAAAGGUUUUCUGACAUCUCCUGAAAUUAUCUUCUGAACGGAGAAUGGAGCUUUGCUGGAGAGAUUCUUCUCUAUGUUUGGCACAGGAUUCAGCUGCUGGAAUCUGUCAAAGCUGAUCAGUUGGUGAACAUCUCUGCAAAAAGUUGUUUCUUUCUAGCUGAAAUUCACACUCUACAACAAACUGUACAGAACUUCAAUUAUUCCAACACUUUUUGUUGGAACUUGAUCGGUGACAAAACUUGAUGCGUUUCUUGGUUUUUAGCUAACCAUUAACAGAGUUUCCUUAGGAAUGGAUUUACUAGGACAAGUAUGCAUAUAUGAAAUUUACUUUAUUAUCUUCAGAAACUAUUAAGGACUAUAUCUGAAAAUAAAACCAGAAUCUGACUUAAUACAGCCAGAAUUUUUACUGAGUCAGUAUUUGACUCACUAUGAAUAUAGGAAUAUUUAUGAUGGUGUGUGGAUUUGCUCUAGUGUAGGACAUUACAUUCCUAUGGCUGUGUAAAUUAAUGCAAUCUGCAGCUUGCUGUUUACUUUGGUUGUGGUUCUUUUAAGUUCAUGGCUGAAGUGAUAGCAGAGCUUGGAUCACUAACCACACCAUUCAGUGGCAAUGCAAAGGGCCAAGAAGGCUAGUGCUGGAGCUGAAGAUCCCUUGAGGAAGGGCAUUGAUACGGUAUGACACUAGUACUGCCUUGGCUGGUGCACUCCAUCCUUGUUCACAGUGCAGUGUGAGGUUUUUAAAUGUCAAGGCCAGGUGUGAUCAAGAUUGCAUAUAUUUAUCAUGACUGAAUAACAACUUAGGCAAGAAUACAAUAAAAAAUUAUGUAAAUGCAGAUGCAUGCAUUUGCUGUAUAUAGCACUGAAUAUUUUCUAGAAGAGAAUUCAGCAAAUAAAAAAGUAACUCAGAAGUAAAAAAUCCCUUCAGGUCUAAGGAUUUCUUGCUGCAUGGUAUGCCUUGAAACAUUCCCUUAUUUGGUGCAAAAUCUCUCAUAUCUGAACGAUGUAGCCUCUCUCUCUCAAAGACUGCAUGAGGUAAUGUACCCCAGGGCAGGAAGUCCACGACUGAAGCCCAGCAAGUCCCAUGGUGGCUCCUGGGCAGAGCCCUACACGGCUCAAAAGUGUACCCACAUCUUCCUGCUGGCCCUGCUGCCACGUCUGCAUUGGCCUUCAGCCACCAAACAACCCAAAUGCCACCCCAGCAGCUGGCAGCAUGGGGUUGUGGGGGGAGAUGGCAGCCAAGGCACAGUCGGUGACGCGGUCACUGUCACAGUCCCACUGGAGUAGGAUCAUUGACAGACCCUAAGUGGAGAGAGAUGGCCCCUGGGCAGGGUGAGUGCUCCAUAGGUGUCAAGAAGUGGUUCCUGGAUGAAGGGGUAUCCUUCGUCAGUGUUGAGGGAGGAGGAAAAGGAGGGCACAGCUCAGUCCCACUGGCCACCAAGGUGUUCUCAGUGGGACAGAGUCCCACCACACUGCCUUGCAGAUCACCAACCCCUGGUAACCUGAGGGACCCUGACAUGUUGGAAAGGGUGGUGGUGGGACAUCUGUUUCAAGUGGGAGGCAACACAGACUCCUCACUGCUGUCUUGUGAGAGGGAAAAAUGGUUACUGGAAAUGAUGUUGAAAAGUAUUAAACAUACCCAUGAUUCUUGUCAAUGAGAAGUGUAUUGAAGGGAAGAGGAACAUUGUGUGUGUGUGACAACACAAAAGCUCUUGCGGUAUGAAUUGUGCUGAUGUCAGUGUCUGGCAAAAAAUUCCACUUGAGUUAUAGCUGUAAUCUCAAUUGCCAUGAAUGAUUGUCCUGUGUCUGGGAGAAAUGGAGGUGAAGGGUAGGAUGGUCUCCCAAGGGGCUGCUGAGCAAGGUAGAACUUCAGCUCUAGCCUGUGGGCCACUGGCUUUCUUACUUACUUACCUACUUAAAAAUUUAAUUUACAUACAACACAUUAUUACCAUUCUUUGUGGAAUCUGCUGUAAGGUAAAAGAACAAGACCAGUUCAGAGUGAAGCAGUGGGGGAGCAGAACCCCACUGCUUAAAGUUCAGAAGGAGGUGGUCAUAACGGCAGGCUGUCCAACUGAUGUUGCUGAUGGACCCUCAGAUAUUCUUUCUUUUCCUGGCUAUGUCACCAGAAAUGAGAGGUGACCUAGGGUGGGUGUUGGGAUUUUGGGUUAUGAAAAGAGCAGAUUUAUAGGAACCUGGAUGUUACCUUCUUUGCUUAUGGAGUAACUUUUUGGAGCUUGCUAUGGAGGCUGCUUUUUAUUUAAAUAUUUAAAUUUUGUGGUAGCUGUGCAGUACACUGCAUAACAAACACAUGGUGAAAUUUUCUUUUUUGUUGCAUGUAUUCUGUUAUUUUGGAAGUAAAAAGAUUUGGUAUUGUAUAGAUCCUUAUUUCCUACCAUAUUUAAAGACAGAAGGAUACAUACUGUGUUGCGUCAUGUUGUACACACAUAAGAUGCAGCUGAUAAGCUUUGAGAAGGCAAUUCAUAUCCUCCUUCAGCUGGGGCUGGGGCUGGGUUGUGGUAUUGGCUGCAUGUACAAGGUCUCUGCUUAUUAGCAAGUUCCAUUCUGCCUUUGAUGGCUUUAUGACAGCCCUGCUUGACACCUCCCAUUCAAGUAGUUCAGAAAAAGGCAGGUCAUCAGUGCACAGUGUUAAAUAAAUACAUAAUAUCUCAGUGCCUAAAGCUAAAUCUGUUUUCUGACACAUAUAAUCUUUAAAAUGGACCUAAUUUAUUAAUUUGCUUUCCAUAAAAAGCAUCAGCUUUAUUCCCAUAGUAUUUAAAUUUCAGGUGCUAUCUUUUCUAUCUAUAUAUUCAUUUUCUUUGAAGAGUGAUGCCCAUAAGUUGGUGAACCUUCAAGAGGGUCACAGUGGACAGAGGAGAUCAAAGUCAUUUGGGCCUUAUUACUAGCAAGGAAAGGCACAGAAAAGAAGAUGAAAACUAUAUGCAAAGAUAGAUAACAGUUUGAGAUGAGUGAAAACUAAAGAGAAACAGGAAAAAAACAGUCUACAGAGGAAUAUUCUUGUGAAGGAAGGUUGUUGAUAAUGAUUAAGUACAUUACUCUGAUUUUAUUAUUUAAACCAAACUCUGUUUUGGAUCUUUGUAGGGCAAUCUUGUUGACUAGAAUUGUGGAAAUUUUGGGGGGGUUUUGCUACAAAAGUAGCAAGAAGAUGGUACUUGAAGAUUUCAGAAUUUGGAUUGAAUUGGAAAAAAUAGUUCUAGAUUAGAUGAAGAUGAUAACGUUUUCAAAAUGUCAAAAUAGUUUGUCUCAUAAAACAUCUAAAAUGUUUUGACAUUUCUGGUUAGUUUUCAGAUACUAUAAUAAGAGCCAAGGAAAUGAUUUCACUAAACCACUGAAAGAGGCUCAUAAUCUGUUUGUUUGGGGUGUUUUUUAUGCUGCUGUGGAGCAAUCAGGGUAAUCCCUUCUAUCACCUCCUGUGGAAGGAGGUACCACCUCUGGGUUAGGAGCUCAUAAUCUCUUUGUCCAUGCAAAGCACAGUUGCAAAGAGAAAAAAAAAAAAAGAAAAUGUUUCACCCUUAAAUUGUGCUACACCAAUAGCUCUUAAUUCUUUUCUAGGCAGUGUAGUGUCCUUCAGGCUGAACAGGCAAUUAAAUGACAUCUCCUCUACUGUGGGUGAAUGACAUGAGACCCGAUGGUAAUGAUGUGACCACUAAGCAAGGAGUUGUGCUCAGGGCAGCUUUGAGCAUAGUUAAGUUCCUUUUAUGAGAAGUUCCUUAAAACAAAUUCCUCAAAACAAAUUCCUCAUUUUUGGUUGAUUGAACUGGUUUAUCUCACCUGAGAUGAAAAGUAUCUGGGUUUUACUUAGUCAAGAAAACAAAACCUAUUCAUUAAUAAGAUAUUUUGAUGGUGACUUAUCCACCAAAUCAGGAUCCCUUUCCUUAGAAACUAGAAAACAUGUUGCUUGUACAAUUUUGUACUGAUACCCAUAGUCAGUUUUCUUUGGAUUGAUGAUAUUUUGUAACCCAACUGUAUAUCCUGAUGCAACGUUCAUAUUUUUAAUGAAAUCAUCAUCUCCCAUUUAUUUUCAUUGCCUUUUAAUUAAAAAUACAUGCUGAAUUACUGCAUUAUCAAUUUGAGCUAAGGCAGUCAAAUUAAUAUGCUUGCAUUAAAACUUUUUAAAGCUCUUAUUCAGUUUUAGUGCAGAUUUGUCAUUCCUAGACAUUUAUUUACAUCAACUGUAGACAACGCUGAUGUUUUAAUACAAAACAUGGUAGUUUUAUUUCUGAAUACCUUGUGCUUAAUCCUAUGUAGUGGUUAGGAAUCAUAAAGGAAAAAUAUCUAAUUACCAAAAAAUCGGUGAUAUUUUUUUGCUUCUUAGCCUGGAUUGCAUCGUCCAGCUAUAGCUUUGUUGUGAUUUCUGGUCCCAUUUCUGAAAAACUUUUACAGACAUAGGGAACCAUUAAAGUAGUUGCAACUGGAACUCUACUUGCUAUCAUUGAUUUUCUUUGUUCAUCUUUUGCUAGUAUUCAGUUUUUAACCUCUGAAUUUCUGGUUGAUAUCAUCAAUUUAUGCUUCUAAUCCACAUAAUUUGUUAUUACUUUUUGCUAGUAUCAAAUACAUUUUUAGAAAAACAAUUUCUAUGUUCUUUAUUCCAUUACAAAAAUACAGAAUGGAAGAGAGAAAAGGAAUACUAAGAUACAGAAAAUAGAUAUUUGUUAGAAUGCAUCAAUUAAGUGUAUUUAUGGUAGAUGGUUUGAUUUCUAAGUGACACACAUUUGGGAAAGUUUAAAUAGUCUUAGCAAUGUAUUCUAGGUGAAUUGUAAUGUAUCUUAUGUGAAUUAUAAUGUGUUGUAAUCAUCUGUCUCAUAAAAUUUUAGUAGAAAAAUAUAA